AUGUGCACCUUCCUUGUCUCAGCACUCCUACAUGCGCUCUUGCUUUCUGCUGCCACUGCCCACCCCCAUGGUCUCCACCAAGCCGCCCAGCACGAGAGGCGACAGGAUGACGCCAGCCCAAGCAGCGCGACUUCUGGAUCUGUCCCCACUGGCGUCGCUCUUGGGGUGAGUCUUGGCCUGGAUGACAGCUCUUCCACUGUCAGUACCUCUGCCACUUCUACCACAUCUUCCUCCGACGCCGUCACUACCUCCUACACUCCGGUCUCGAGCUUAUCCUUUGCCUCUGUCACCGCCGCCCCUGCCAUCACUGCCUCUUCCUACACCUCCCUGACCAACAAAAUUCCCGACGUGCUCUCCAGAAGUAAUGAGAUCGCCGUCCAUUCCUGGGAGCUGGGCACCCUCAUCAACACUCUUCUUGAAGUGUACAACCCUGGUCUUAUGCCAUUCGGUUGGGACAGUGGUGCUGUCGAUGAUGAGGAGGUACCUUGGAAUGCCCUCGAGAUUGCUCGUGAUACCAUCUCCCACUACGACUGGACUGGCGCGCCCAAUGCCACAACGGGCCAAGAUCUCAGCCUUUACCUCGACAACAGUACCACCCCUCAGUCUCAUCAUUCCCAGGCUUUGAUCGGUGGCGAUGGUGCUCUGGGAGACCCGGUGUCGUUGGUGCCAGCUGUCUGGCUGUUGGCCGAGUACGCCCAAAAGGACGAGGUGAAGAGCAAGCUCCAGCUGAGGGAUGCGGACGACUAUGCUUGGGCAGUUGGUAAUCAGCUCAACUAUCUGUUCAAUGGUCCCACCAGUUCUAACGGCACCAUCUCUCAGCGAGAAGCCAGCUUUGAGCUUUGGGCGGAUAUGGGCUACAUGGUUUCCCCCUCUCUCGCUUACCUUGGCCUCACCACCAACAGCUCUGAUUUCCUCACCAAGUCCCUUGAACAAUUCACUCUCGAAAGCUCGGCAUUGCUCGAGACGAUUCAUGAUGUCUACUUGCAUAUCUUGAACGGGGACGCCAGUCUGUGGGCUACUGGUAAUGGAUGGAUGGCUUAUGGCUUGAUGCGAGACCUUGCGUCCGUCUCUUCUGCGGGGCUCGACAGUGCUGUUGGAAAUUAUGCGACCAACACCAAAAACACCAUCUCUGGCGUCUUCCAAGGUCUCUUCUCUCAGCUCGAUGAUGACAGCCUUAUCCCCGACUACAUGCACCAGUCCAACGCCACACUCGCCGUAGGCGACACCUCCGGCACAGCCCUCACCGUCGCCGCUUACUACCGCUUCCUCAAGCUCGCGCCCGAGCUCACCAAUGACAACUUGACCACUCUGGCGGAGCAGGCGUUUGAUGGAGUUGUAGCCAAGAUUGAUGAUAACGGCUGGGUGACUCACGCCGUGGACCCGAUGGGCACUUAUGGCUGGGUUGUCUAUCCCGAUGACCUCACUUUGCACUCUCCCGAGGCUCAGGCGUUUGCGGCGCUCAUGUGGAAGGCGCGUACCGAUUAUGGGCAGUAA